AUGGACAGCUCAAUAACACCUACAUCAUCCACACCAGUGAUCACGGGUUCCAGCUGGGGCCAGUUCAGACUCCCCAGCUGCAAACUCCAGCCCUACGACCACGACCUCAGGGUCCCUUUCUCUAUCAGUGGUCCAGGGAUCCCCGCCCGCUCCAGCUUUGACUUUGUAGCAGGAAUGGUUGACGUUGCGCCCACUCUUCUCAGUCUUGUAGGUGGUUCACCUCCACUGGCAAUGGACGGGAAGAGCUUUGCCGACCUUCUUCUCAAACCGAGUGAUGUUGGUAGCAUCCGACAGAAACACAUGAUCGAAUACUGGAGUCUGGGAAAUGUGAUUAGAUACGGCCACUACAUUGACAUGCCCAACAAUACAUUCAUAGGGGUGCGACUCCUCAAUUCCACGCAUGAUUACAUGUACGCUGAGUUUUACCAAGGCGAUGGCUCUGAGUUUAGUACGCCGUUGGAGUAUGAAUUGUUCAACGUAGCAGCAGAUCCUUACCAGAUGACUAAUCUGUAUGGAACACAACGGGAGGACAAACAACUAGUGGCUGAACUGCACCGGUUCAUGCACACUGAGGUGAAAUGCAGCGGUCAACUCAACUACACCGUGGUGUUCCUGCGGAUGCUGGAACAGUUCAAGAUCCCCGCCGUCAUGGAGACGAGGAGAAAGAAAUUGCUGGAGAAGCUGCUCUACUUGCAAGGAGACACGAUACGAGAGACGCCGCCGUCCUACGAGAACGGAGACGCCACGUCCCCGACCGACGGGAAGCGAGAGCUGGCCAGGAAUAGUAGCGUCAGCGUCGUGGAUAGCAAAGUGAGCGAGUACGCACGCAUCGAGACGAAGGCAAAGAAGGAAAUGACCGCGUUUUCUCCAAAGAAAGCCGCUGGUACAGCGCCAGAGGUGGCCAAGGAGGAAGAUGUGGCGCCUGCAAACGAAGGCACGGACUAUCUCGAGCCCGCUAGCGUCUUGAAACGCGAAAAUAAAAAGGGAGAAGAUGGCGCUGCUGCGUCGGAGCGCCCAGCCAGCACGGCGAGCAACGAGUCGGAUAAAAAAGAGCCAACGGAGGAGAGCAGUGGAGUUGCAGCCGCUGGCGAAGGGAAAGGAAAGAAGAAGCGGUUCGGUGGAGGAGGUCUGAAGGUGCUGCGGAAUAAGAUAGGCAAACGAUCCAAGAAGACAGGACAAAACGUGUCAGCAGUGACCCUAGUGGAGGGAGAGAAUGGGGAGCAGGAGCCUGCAGAGCAGGGGGAAGGAGAGGAGACGACCAGUGUGGCUGGAGGUGAGGGAGAGGUAAAGGAGGAAGAGGAGAAAGAGGCAGAGGAGGCGACAGAGGGAGAAGGGACUGCUGAGAAGGAAGAAGAGGUGCAGGAGGAGGGAGUGAGGAUCAAGUCAGCGCUGGAGAAACGGGUUCCAAAGCGUCUGGGAAAGAGCUUCAACUGGAUCAAGAUCGCGGGGAAGUUGAAGGAAACAACGCUCGUCCUCAUUGCAGGCUCCAAGGACAAAGAGCUAGAGCUGGUUGGAUGCAUGGUAUCGCCUAGCGACGCAGCACCAAACGGGAUCGAGUUGUUCAGUCACAGGGAACAAAAGCAGUGGGUAUUCCGUGUGGAGACCAGUGAGCUGAGAGAGAAGUGGGUGGAGGAGCUGCAGAAAGCCAUAGAUGCUUGUCCUACAGAGCCAACUUGUCCACCUGUAGAAGACGAUUGUGUGUUUCUUAAAAGCCAGAGGAGCCACAGCAAGAUCAACAGCAACAACAACAGCAAGAGAAGCCCUGAUAUCGUAAUAGAUCCAACCACUACAUCAGACGAGGAAAUCGGCUCUCCGUUGAAAAACAAGAGGACGAGUUUUUCAGUGUCGCCUAAUCGAUCGGCCAAAAGCAAGCCAGUGAACGAGAUCCCUGAGCAAGGAGUACAGAUGAAAGGCUACGUGCACAGGAAAAAGGGAACUUUUGGUGGGUGGGAGAAAACCUACGCCGUGGUCACGUACGCGGCCAUCUAUUUCACGAGUGGGGAGGAGGUGAAGGAGUAUCACCACGUGUGUCUCCUGAACGGCUCUGGAACUGUCAAACUGGAGAAGAAGGGCCACGACAAGCAGUCGGAGGGUCUCCUGGUCCGCAGCGGGAGAAACAAGGAAACGCUGAGUCUCCCGUCGUCCGAGGUUCACUCGUGGAGACAGGUGAUGGAGGAGGUCCUAGGCGUCUCCACCAGCAACCUGGAGUUGGGAUCGGACGAAGAGGACGAGGGGGCGGAGUCAGCCACACCCACUAAUGUCCCAAGAAUCGAAGAAGAUCAAGGUCUGUAUGAAGAGCUGCCAGCCGGAGAGGAAAUUGAAGAAGACAUUUACGAAGAAUUUGACGAUGUGAAGCCGAGUUCGUCUCCCCCGGAGAAGACCGCGCCCUCUCUCCCACCUCCCCGACAGGAGCAGAGGCUCCCUAGCCCUGCACUCCCUGCUCGCAAUGAUCGCAGCGAAUCUGUCUCCUCUAGACCUUCCCCCUCACUCCCCCCGAGAAAUUCCCCGAACCCCACACCAAAACUUACCCCUCAGCUUAAGAAAUCCGCUGCCCCGCCCCCCGCCCAGCCAGACGUGGGCGGAGAUGAACUGUAUGAAGACGUGGUGGCCCCGCCCACAUCGUCAGGGGGUGGCGACAUCGUCGAGGAAAUGUACGACGACGUCGUGGCCGGAGGAGGAGGGGGUGAGGUAGUGGAGGAGUUGUAUGAGGACGUGGUGCCGCCAGUGGGUGGAGCUAAAGGUGCUGAAUUGCCCACAGAGGACUACACAGAAAUGGACAUUGGACAGGGACCAACGGAAGACUAUGUACUGAUGGAGAAACCCAAGGGAGACGAGGAGGAACUGGAGGUCUACUGUGAGGUAGAUCCAACCUCACCCUCUCUGCAAUCACCCCCAGUCUCUCUCCCACCGAGGGGUGUGUCCAAGCCAGCUGCAGCAGCUGCCAGCAAGAUCGUCAAGCCCCCACCCCCAGCCAGCUACACUCCGAGACACUCGGACAGUCUCAGCCACAAGCCGCCACAGAAAUCGAAAUUCUACGAAGAAUGGUGUGCCGUGGAGGGCACUAACUUCUGUUGCUACAAGAACCAGAAAGAUAAACGUGUGUCGGAUAAACUCUCGCUCAGUGAGUUUGACAUGGCAUACAGCCCUGCGGGCAAGGACGGGAAGUUUUCGUUCAGACUAAUGAAAGGGGACAAGGUACACCACUUUACUCCGGGAUCAAAGGAAAGUCUGACCAGCUGGAUAUCGGCCCUGCGUGGUCUAGCCAAGAGUGCAACGCUGGAACUACUGUCUGGAGAGCAGGAAAUUUACGAGACGACAGCGGAUCACACGGCUGAGUCGGACGAACAGAUCAGCUUCAAAUCCGGCUCCUACCUCCGCGUCAUCAGUCGGGACUCGUCCGAUUACUGGAUUGGACAGCUCGGGAGCACCCCUCAUGUCUUCACUGGGAAAAUAGGGAAAAUCCCUACCUCAAAAGUGAGACUCGCCGAAGACUUGUACAUCUGAAUUCACAGACAGAAUUGCAAUUAUUUUUCUUCUCAAAUUAACCCUGUCCACCUUACAUCAAGACAUUAUGUUUUACUUGUUCUUAUUACUGUAAUGAUUGCAUUGUAAAUGCAGUGUGUUGAACAACUUAAAAACUUUCUCGUUUUUUUCAUUUUAAUGUAUGCGCAUGAUGAAUUAACGUGUUGGUUAAAAAGUAAUGUUUUACUUCACGCGGCGACCUUUCCAAAAGACAGGUGUGUUUCGAGUUUUUGGUAGGAUUUUCUUUGCCGAGCGUCCGAGUUUCCUUCUCUCGAUUCUGUGAUCUCUCAUCCGCUGUUUGUGAGUUGUCUCAACUUCACUCUGAACACAGUGUGUGUGUGUGUGUGUGUGUGUGUGUGGGAGAAAAGAGAAGAAAAAAGGAUGGCAUACGCAACACAAUCAUAUUGUUGGAACGCUAGUACAUACAACACUAUGCAUAGUGUUUUGGGAUUAAUACACAAUCAGCACUCUCCUAUUGCGACAGCUC